AUCCAACCCAACCAAAGCACUUCCCUCAUCCCAGUCCACAACACGGAGGAAACAGGGCAAAACAGAGCAGAGGAGAAGGAAGUUUGUCGACAUAAAUUAGGGGCGACCUUGGAACACUGAUUGAAGAGAAGAAAUGGCCAAGAGCAUUAAGAACAUAGCUCUUUUGGCGCUGUUUGCUGCGGCCAUAAUCGGUUCUAGUGCGCAGACCACUUACGAGGUGUUGGACUCGCUGGGUUGGACCAUCCCUCCAGGCGGUUCCGUGGCGUACACCGCAUGGGCUGCCAACAAGAGUUUUUCCGUCGGUGACACUCUUGUGUUCAACUACACCACCGGACAACAUGAUGUGGCCAAAGUGACUAAGGAAGCAUACGACAACUGCAACGCCACAAACCCUAUGUCCCUCGAGACAAAUGGCCCGACCAACAUGCGGUUGGACUCAGCCGGUGAGCACUACUUCAUCUGCACCUUCAGCAGCCACUGCAACAUCGGCCAGAAGCUCGCGGUCAAUGUCACUGCUGGCCCAGGGUCUGCCCCGGCCCCAGCCCCCGGAACCCCGGCCACUCCUCCCCCAGCCUCUGCGCCAGCUCCUGCAACCCCCUCUACUCCUCCACCUGCCGCUGCUCCAGCCCCAGGGACAGCCGCCCCUACUCCUGCCCCUUCCAGGGCCCCGCUGACCUACACUGUCGGGGAUGGGCUUGGGUGGAACGUGCCCCCUGGUGGAGCUGCGGCAUACCAAACAUGGGCUAGCAACAAGACCUUCAUGGUUGGAGAUGUCCUAGUGUUCAACUUUGUCAACGGAACGCACAAUGUGGCUGAAGUGACCAAGGCGGCCUACGAUUCAUGCAACACCUCCUCCACGAUUUCUCUCCUCACCAACUCGCCGGUGAGAGUCACUCUCAACACCGCCGGCGAGCACUACUUCACCUGCACCUUCCCUCGCCACUGCACUCUGGGCCAACAGCUCACUAUCACCGUCUCCGGCAGCUCCACUGGUGCUCCAUCUCCCUCGCCGACCACCGGCGCCAGUCCCCCUCCAUCAAGCACAGGCGGUGCUCCUUCACCAUCGACCACCACAACCCCUCCUCCGACCCCAACCACCACCCCCACUCCCACCACACCUUCUCCGACCAGCUCUGAUAUCCCUCCAUCAGGAAGCUCAGCAACCUCUUUGAGGGUCACCGGACUAUCUGCCACGGUCCUGUCAGUCGCUCUAGCCUUGUUGUAUUAGGAUUUCCUAAGAAUGAUAGUUUCUGAUUCAUUUGUUAUAUAUAUAGGCGAUAUGUAGGGCUCCCGAUUGAAUUUUCAUCCUUUGUCAUGAACAAAAUAAGAGCUUAUCUUCUAAUUAUUUUGUGUGUGAUUUAUAUAUUUUUUGUCCUGGAGUUUUGUUUCUGAGCUGAGUCAUGAACGCUUGAUGGGAUUGUGAACUUUAAUGAAUUUUGUUGUUUGAUCA